AGUUUUUGGGGGGGGAAGCAACCACCGGUAGACGUCAAAUCAUUCCAGUCGACCCAACCCUGUAAACCGACCCGCCAUGGCCUUUCGAUCCCCCGGGUCUCGCACGUCUCCACGGGUCCCGAAGCAAACCGUCGCGGAGGGACCGAUCUUCGAUUUUACGCUGGUCAUCGAAAAAACAAAGCCGGAGGACUGGAAGAAACGCAUCGCCGCCCUGCAGACACUGAUCUCGGAGAUCCCGACGGAGGACAACCAAGGCGGAGACGCCGGCUCCGACGACCCGUGGUAUCGCUCUGCACCGACGCUCCGGCACCUGGCGAUCCCCGUGUCGGACCUCCUGACCGACGCCCGAUCGACCGUGGUGAAGCGAACCUGCGAAUCGAUGAGCGAACUCUUUUCCAGGUGCGGAUCGGACGCCCGGUACCUCCUCAAGGACCUGAUGCCGGCCGUGUGCCAGGUGCACGCCUCCACCGUCCAGGUCAUCCGGAACUACGUCCAGGAGCUGAUCCUGGAGACCCUUCCGAAGGUUCCCUGCAAGAUGACGAUGCCCGUUUGGCUCGACCGUCUCAAACACGACAAGUCACGAACCGCGAGAGAGGCCUGUUCCCUCUAUCUGGCUUCGUCCAUGGCCAUCUGGGGGGCCGCGAGGGACGACAGCUUCGAACACGAAAACAGCGGGUACCUGACGCGGGAAAUCUACCUGCAGGUCGGAUCGACGCUGGUCCGGACGCUCCGGGACCCCUCGCCGCUGGUCCGGCAGAACUGCAAGAAAGGCCUCUCCGUCCUGGCGGCGCAGAACCGUGACGUCCUGAACGAGCUGAUCGCCGACAAGAGCCUGACCCGGGACAUGCGGACCAUCAAGCUGCUGCAGCGGCUGCAGGCGGGGGAGCAGGGGAUCGGCGACGACAUGAGCGUUUCCUCGAGGAGGAGCACCAGGAGCCGCGGCGGGGCGUCCGUGGCGAGCGCCCCCGUGUACCGGGGUGGCGGCAGCAGCAGCCGGAGUGUCCGGUCCACCCGACGGAUGGGGGCGCCGCCACGGGCCCGCCGGCGCUCGAUGGGAGGGGGCAUCGGGGAGUCCGGCCCGGUCCCCACCACGAUCGGGGUCAGGUCCCCCCGGUCGGGUGCGGGCGGAAGCAGCAGCUCCGGCGCGAUGGGGCCCCCCCGGCGGGUGGUCAACGGGGCAUCGUCGUCGUCCUCCACGCGAUCCAUGCAGACGGUCGCGAAACCAAAGCCGGCGAGCCUCUCCCCGGCGAUCCCCACAAGGGAACCGGCGUCCCCGGGCGGCAUGGCGCUAUCGACGCCGACGCAGAAGCUGCUGGGAACGACGGCCGAGGCCGCGACGCCCGUGACGCCGCUGGACCACGAGCUGGAAAUGACGAGCUCCAAGAACGGCGACGGCACCGAGGAGGAGCUGGUCGAGCUCCUCAAACACACCACCACUGCUGCCCCCGCCACGCCCAACAAGUCCUUCGACUCGACCGAGACGGACGUUUCGGUUCUGAGGCCGAUUGCGAACGCGGAGGAACUCCGUCUCCAGGCCAAGUCGAGGACGAUGCUGGGGGCGAAGACCAAGAGCCGGCGGUCCAGCAUCCUGCUGGACCGGUUGCUGCGGUCCGCCUCCAAGUUCGAUCCCGACGACGCGAACCACCAGAGCACCAGCACCGCCGGUGGCGGCGGGACCGCCGGGUGCGACCCCGAAAGGCUCGCGGGCAGCCUGAUGGGCCUGGACGUGGCGGACCUCGACGAAUUCGGCCAGAUGCCCUUCCACACCAAGAUUGCCUACGAGCUCGUGGAGGCGCACAAGCUGCACAUCGACCAGGUCAUGGAAACCCUCAAGGUGGAAAUGGACGCCCUCAAAGACUUUGAGCUGGUACUUCUGGAGCAGGGCCCGGUGCGGCCGACCGAGGAAGAGGUCGUGGAAUACUUCGAGAGCCUGGGGCUGUGCCUGGAACAGCGGAAAAAGGCGGGGGCCAUCUUGCAAAAGAAGAUGGAUCGCAUCAGCCAGGGAUAACAACGGAUGACUCAGUCGAGUAGUCCGUCAAACAAUAACGAAUGAAUGUUACAAAUGAAUGUUACACAAACAA